UUCUUGCGCUUCUAUUUCUAAACUCUCCAAACUUGUUCAUAUGUGACGCUAUCAAACGGCGACUUUCAUAUCCGAUGGAAGAAACUCCGCUGUCACGAUUUGUGCUGUACACGUGGGGAGCCAACAGUUACGGGCAGCUCGGACAUGGACACGCGGAGGAUGAAGCCGAGCCGCGGCGUGCAGACGGCGGACUGCAGCCAGAGCAGAUCCGCGGUCUGACCGGUGGAGGUGGACAUUCUGCUGUCAUUACUGAAUCAGGUGACCUGCUGAUGUGUGGACAAAAUCACAAAGGUCAGUUAGGGCUGAGGCACAUCUCCGAGGUCAUGACCUUCCAACCCUGUCCUUUACCUGGGUGCAGGAGAGUGAAGGCGGUGUCCUGUGGCUGGGACUUCACUCUCAUCCUUACAGAUGAUGGGCAGGUCUUGGCAUGCGGGUCCAAUGCAUUUGGACAGCUGGGCAUCUCACCGCAUAUAACACAUACUGCAGAACCUUUAUGUGUAAAGGCACUGAGCGAGUGUGUUACCAGUGUGGCUGCGGGUCUCAGACACGCAUUAGCCAGAACAGCAUCGGCGUGUGUGUAUCAGUGGGGCACCGGCCUGUCUAGUCACGCCAAGAGAGCAUUAAAUCCCCAACCUGUUCCUGCACACCUAACCUCUAAAGAGCCCUGCCUCGUCCCAGGGCUAGAUCAUGUGACCCCCGAGAAGGUUGUCGCGGGCUCCGCCCACUGCGUCUGUUUGACAGUCACGGGUGAUGUGUUUCUAUGGGGCAGCAAUAAACAUGGUCAGCUGGUCAGCGACAGCCCCUUCCUGCCGCUUCCUGUGGCUCUAGAUCGAUCUGUCCUGCAGAGAGAGAGGGUGACCGACGUGCACAGUGGCUGGACACACGUCAUUGCGCAAACAGAGAGUGGGCGGGUCUUUACCUGGGGCAGAGCCAGUUAUGGGCAACUGGGACAGACCGUGGCCAAUCAGAGGCUAGAACCAGAAAGAAGCUCAAACAGCCCCGCUGAAGUUAAGGGAUUAUUUGGAGCAACACAGAUUGCCUGUGGAUCUGAACACAACCUGGCCAUUGUGGGAGGUCGGAUCCUCUCCUGGGGCUGGAACGAACACGGAAUGUGUGGCGACUGUUCCCUCUGUGACAUCACACAACCACAACCAAUCCCAAGUUUACAAGACUCUACGACUCUUUUGAUUGGCUGUGGAGCAGGACACUCAAUAGCACUUUGCCGUUUUAAGAGCAGCGAGGAUUCUGUAAACUGAACAGGUUUCAGUUUGUGACGGCGAAGAUUCUUUCGUUGGUUUGUGUUUUUAACAAUGUCUUCAUUUGAAGAUUUUAGAUCAAAAUAUGUGAAUACUACCAACAGAUACAAUACGUGACUUCAAAAAGAUCUAUCAAAGUACCCAAAAAUAAACAGAGAGGUGUUUUUAGAAAGUA